GUUAUAUAUAGUAAUAUUAUAAGUGUCCUUAUUGUUUUUAUUAUUUUUCCAGUCCUCCAGCCUAAAAUGGCUUCGGCACCUGCCCUUAAUUAUUCAGACUCCCUGCGCUCUAGUACAAACAGUUUGGCCAGAGCAGAGAAGAAAGGUCUCCUGGGUAUCUUUCAGUUCAGCAGGAGAAAAUCUAAGACAGAGACAACAUCUCUGGACAUGGAGGAUUACAAUGACACAGAGGCACAUUCUAAUGCCAUGUCUACCAUGUUUGGGCCACAGUAUGUUGAAGAGCGGCCUCACAUGAGCCAGUCACAGUCAGCCAUGAACAUCUCAAGGACAUCUCCUAAAGCUGAGGCAAAGAAGAGGAGAGCCCCCGCUCCACCUGGAGUCCCUACUCACUCUACUGAACACUUAAGCUAUGAUGCAAAUCAGAUGAGUCUUGGCACAGACACUCAGCAAAGGAAAAGGAAAGCUCCUGUCCCACCCCCAACACCAGUUUCUCUUUCUUCUGGCUCUGAGGACAUCUCUGCCACUGCCACACCUGUCAGCCAACACAUCCAAGCCCCCACCCCAGUGGAAGAAUCAACCACCUUCACCACCACCACUGUAGUAAUAGAAGAUAUGACACCAGUCACAGUGCAAUCUGCUGUAUGCUUUAACAGUCUUGACCUCAGAUCUUCUACACCAAGCAGUACCAACUCCGAUAGCCUCGCUGUCCAAGACUCCAGCUCUGAACUCAGCCAAAGCCUUGAAGAAUCUGAUGCUGCUUCUCACUGUAGCAUUACCACUGGCAGCUCUGUUAGAGGACUUGCUCAUGCCCAGGCCAUAACAAAAGGCUCAAUUUCCAGAACAGAGAAGUCAGAAAGUACCACCAACAUAUCGGCAAGUGAUGUGACUACAGCCAGUAGCUCCAGGUCUGACACAGAGUCAGCUAUCAACCUUAAAAUGGAGGAAACUGACAAUAACAGGCACAGUGGAGUUGCCUGGCUCCACUCCAUGCAAAGCUCUGCAGCCAAAGGUCACUGUAAAGAGAUAUCUCCAGAGGAAACAGUGUCUUUGGGCAGUAAUAGCAGUGGCAUGAGUUUGCCAGACCAGGGCUAUGCUGCCUCUGAAGGUCUGGCUGAUGGAGAAGACUCUGGCUUGGUUAGCUCCCCCUCUGAGACCCACACCACAUCCCCAGAUGGGAGUCUGUCUCUGGAUGGAAGUGCGGGAGGAGAGAGACGCAUGGGAACAGCCAUGGACAAUUGUAGUGACAGCGAUGAAGAGUCCUGGGGGUCUCGGCACAGAAGAAGUGACAUUACGCCACACCCCAGAGCAGACAGGCUCAAGCAUCAAGAUCUGUCCGCUCAGCUUCAUCAGACUUUGGCGGAUUUGGAGUCAUGUCUCGCAGACAGUAAUGAGGUCCCAGUUUCUAUAGUGGACCAUGAUGUGCCAGUCACAACUAUAGAUGAAGUCGUGCCAGAUGAGGGAUUUUGGGCUGAGUCAGUUGUCGCCAAUGCUUCAAGCUACAGUGAUGAGCUUCAAAACAGAAACAAUAAUGCUCACACAGCUGAUGAGACUAAUAAGAGUUACAGCACAGAAAGUAAACAGCUUUCUCAACAUAAGCAAAAGUCUAUGCAUGAACCAUCUAAAACACAUAAGAAGAAAGACACUAUCAAGGAAUUAAAAGCAAAAGAAAUAAAAAAGUCAGAGGCAGCUGUUCAGUAUAAAUCAUCCUCUGAAGCAAAAUCUAAUUGUCAAGAGCAAAAGGACAAUAAUAAAAGUGAUGUUAAACCUGAGGAGAAGAGUAUCCACCAAGCUGCUCUGUCACAAGGGAAUCAAGAAGCUGUUAAUUUGCCCAGAGUUCACCACAUUAUAUCCACUUCUAAACCUUUUCAGAGUAAAAUCACUCCCAAUGUCACCUCACGUUUUGGGAUGAAGACUUUUACAGUUGUUCCCCCUAAACCAGCUGUCUUACAUGCUGCUGCAGGACAACUCGCCUCUACAACCCCUGGUGCCAUAAAGAUUGACGAACAAGGGAACAUGGUAACGGUGUCCCAUCGUAGAACUCCUGAUGUAUCAGAGUUGAGAAACGGCCAUGAUUUUCCUCUUCAUGGAAAAGCCACAGCCUUCUGGAGCUCAAAUGAAAAGCAAGAAGAUGCCGUGCGCCCAAAUAAAGUCCAGGCUGAUAAGGCAAAAGACAGUUUGGAUAGCCAUAGACGUGUUGGGACAAAAACCUCUGAAACAACCCAGAGGUCCACUGAAACAGGGAGUUGGAAAACUUCCCAAGGGACACAUAAUAAAUCCACCCUGAAAACAGAGUCCAAAGAGACUGCUGAAGAUGCUGCUGAACAAACAGAAGAUAUUGACACUAAACAAAAGCAUAACACAAUGGCAGAAGACAAGUUAUCAACAGCUAUCUCCUCAAGUCAGAGACCUGCACAACCUCCAUUUCUAACAGAUGUGAGGAGAGACCUGACUUUCCUUAAGCCAUCCAGAAGAACCUCCAGCCAAUAUGUUGCAUCAGCUAUCACAAAAUAUGCCCCCAAAACAAACAUCAAACCUGAUUAUAACCCCACAACUCAGGAAUUUCCCCCCAAAACACAAAAUACUGGCUAUCAAAAAUCAGGCAGAUCAAUGCAAAUCAAUCCUCAACACUCAUUCCACUCGAGCAGUUCAAGUUUUACAUCCAGCCCCUCUGGUCCGAAGAGGUCCGUUAGUUACCCUGAAUAUAUAACAUACAGACAAGGAGAUGGCGCUGAUGAUGUGAAGGAGGCAGGAAUUUCAGAAAAGAAAUUUGAAUCUGGAAAGGGAAGCUUUAGGAUACAAGAAACACAAAAAUCAUCCAAUAAGCAAUCGGUUUCCUCAACACAAUUAAAUGUUAAAGUUAGUGGUACAUUCAAAUCUGUUCAGCGCCGAAGUCCAAGUCCAUCUCCUAGCCGCCCUCAGUGCUCAUCAGAUGAACCACCUACAGGACUGAAAAAUGGACACCAAGAGCAGGCAUUGAAUAAUCCAGUCACUAUCCCGUCUCCAAACUCCAAAACAGACGAGGCCCCUUCAGUUACAGUAACAGACAGUGAGGCGACCGCCGAGCCUCCAGCGGUGACAGUGUUUGGGCCAGUGAAGAAGUUCAAACCGGUCAUCUGCAGAUCAGUGGAGAAGGAAACAUCUCUACACAGCAGUCUGAUGGAGGCCAUACAGAGUGGAGGGGGCAAAGAAAGACUCAAAAAGAUUUCCACCUCUGGGGCAAACCUCAAGAAACCAUCUUAUGUUGAGGAGGAGAAUGAGAGAUCUGCUUUAAUGGCAGCCAUUAGAGCCCAGGGCAACUCCGGGAGGCUUAGAAAGACCAAAUCUGAAGCUGCUGGAGAGCUGGAAAACUUCAGAAAGACUGCCCUGCAUGUGAACAGCAGUGCCCAGAUUUCUUCAGCACCAUCUUCUUCCCAAUCCUCCUCAGUAUCUUCACCUCCUACACCCAUAGUGGCACCUCCACCACCCCCACCCAUCCUACCAACACCAAAACCUUUCACCUUGUCACAACCAAGUAUGAACUCAGCCAUGGCGAGGGAGGCCAUGCUGGAGGCUAUCCGCUCUGGAUCAGCAGCAGAGAAGCUAAAAAAGGUCGCUGUGCCCGCAAAGACAGUCCAAGUGAACGGGAAACUGGGAACAAUCAAGGCAACAUCCUCCACCAUGUAGUAGUUUAGAAAGACACUACUUAUCACCUCUAAUUUUAUGUUUUUGUUCUUGUGAAAGAAGUGACUCAAGCACAUGCUGAUGAUGUAAACCUGGGGGACAACAGAGGAUAAGGGUCAAUGCAGUAAAAGUUAACCAUGCUGAACCCACUUUUGCCAAAUGCAUCAUAUUAUAUUCUUUACAUCAUUUUCUGGACACAUCUUGCCAUGCGUACUUGAAUUGAUUGAAAUUGGAGCAGUGCUAAAAGUGCCAUUGAACAAGGGAUUUUUUAAGUCACAAGAUAUUUUAUAAGAAACCUUAUACUGUUGCACAAGCAGUGUUAUAUUGGUGGCAUGGUUGAAUGGUUGAUUUGUGAAAACUUAAUGGAGUGCAAUAUUUGAAUAUGAAGGUUUUUUAGUUUGAUUUGAAGAAGUUUGUGUUGAUUUGAAACUAGAUGGAAGGCAAUUUUUGAUUGACGAUGCCAUUCUGUACAGUUUUACGUGUGGUUUCAAAGACAACAGUGCCUGAUACUUUAUUUCUUUUAUCUUCACCUUCAAGCUGCUGCUUUUACAAAAAAAAAAAAAUUAGUACACCUUACAUACACCUUACCUUUUUUAAUGCCUUUUAACAUAUUUAAAAAUAAAUCAUUGAUACCACCUAAGACAGAAAGCUCAUUAACGUCAAAACAGUUGUGAAGAAGAGCACUAUAUUAACACUAUUGCCCAUAAUUAUUAUUUGUUGUAUUACAGAUGGAUAGGCCUUCUGUUAUGGUGGCUAAUGCAUUUAUAAGAUAGAAAAAAAUAUAUAUUAAAGUUGUGUUUGAAAUCAUAACUUAAAUAAAAAAGCACAAUUACUUAAAUGUCUAUAGUUGUUUAUUCUAUGUUCUUUUAGGAACAGUUUUUGCUGAAAUUAAACUGAAUCACUUUCUACUGAUGCCUUGAGCAUAUUGUAGCACUGUAUAUAUUGUAAAGAUGACUACAUUUGAAUCAGAGUUUUAUAGCAGCUCUUCCACUAACACUAUUGAGAUUAAAAGUGCAUAUUGUUUAACUAAAAUGCUGUACAUUGUAAUUUUGUAUAUUUGAUUGAAUAAAUGAUUUUAUAAAGAGUU